AUGUCUACUGAAAGAAAAUAUGUCUUCUUGACUGGGGGCAGUGGCUUCAUAGCUUCUCAUAUCCUUUCCCUUCUAAUUGAGAAUGGGUACAAACCUAUUGCCAGUGUCCGAUCCCCUACGAAAGCCAAUCAAAUUCUCGAGCUUCAUCCAGAAUGGGUGGGAAAGGUCAAGUUUGUAUUUGUGCCUGAAAUCACAACACCUGGAGCUUUUGACCAUGUUUUCAGAGAUCAAGCUGAAAAAGGCGGCUUCGACUACAUCAUUCAUACCGCGUCUCCAGUCACAUUUGCUGUAAAGGACGUGAAGGAAGACUUGAUUGAUCCGGCUGUUCAUGGCACUACCGAAAUACUCAAAGCUACUCACGAACUAGGAGGCAAGCAGGUGAAGCGUUUUGUUCUACUUGGUAGUGCUGUGUCUAUUCUUGAUUCAUUCGAAGAUUUGAAUGCUCCUGAGGGGAAACCUUAUACCGAAGAUGAUUGGAACCCUGCGACUGAGCAUGAUGCAGUGUCAUCCCAAAGCCCUCUCAUCGGAUACAAUGUUGGCAAAAAGAAUGCCGAACUAGCGGCCUGGUGCUUCAUGAAAGAAAAGAAGCCGGCUUUUGAACUUGUUGUGAUCAAUCCUGAUGUAGUCCUUGGCCCUAUACUCCAACCUGUCCCCAGUCCCAAAAAUGUUAACGAAACUAACGAGUUCGCUUGCUAUGCUUUCAUCAAUGGCACCCAUGAGACCGUUGGUGAUGCCAUGUUUGGCUUUUGGGAUUUUGUUGAUGUUCGCGACGUGGCUCUUUUACAUAUCAUCGCACUCACCUCUCCUCGCAUGGCUAACAAACGUCACAUUAUCUCCUCGGGUCCUCUCUCGCCCCAGUUGGUUGUGAAUGUUAUUCGGAAGAAUUUUCUGGAACUGGAAGGAAGGUUACCGAGAGGCGGUGAUGAAAAGGAAGUUUUUCCAAAAGGCCUGCGCCCCACCCAAUUGAACAACGCCAGGAGUUUGGAAAUAAUUCGACAAGCCAAAGGCCGAGAUUGGAACUUCAAAAAUUUGGAAGAAUCCGUUGUUGGCUCAGUGAAGUCAUUGCUUGAGCUGGAGCAGAAAUGGGGCUCUCAAGCUGCUCACUGA